AGAUCGUUAAAGCAAAAAAUAGAUGUACGAACGAACGAUGUCAAGUGAACUUUUUGUGUGUUUACUUUUUGCUAUGAUCGUACUUUUAAACUCGCCUGAAUGUAAUGCAAGUGUUAAAGAAGAAAGUAAAAGCAGUUUGAGUAAAACCAGUGAAGAUUUUGAGUUAUCAGCUGCUCUGGAAGAAACGCUGCGGGGUGUAUUGAGUCAAGAUUUGGAGCCAAGAAAGAAAAAGAAACAAGACAGUUUGUUUGCCAGAAUUCUUCCAUUCCUAGCAAUGCCCUUUAUCAUGUCUGCCAUGAUGGUCCCGAAAAUGCUUAUAGCUUUAAAAUUUCUAAUGAUACAAGCGUUUGUGGUAGGAAAAAUCGCGAUCACUUUGGGGUUGAUAAAUAUGUUUAGAAAUCGAAAUAAUCAGGGUGGAGUGUACAGCCACAACAUUGACUUAACCCCUAGUCAAAAACAGAUUGUAGAAGCUAAUUAUGGACAUGCUGGAGAUGGUCCCGAAUACGGGACAUACGUCAACAGUUGGGACAGAAAAAGAAGAAGAAAAUGAAGUCGUUAUUGUAAAUACAUUUUUUUUACUAAAGAUUGUACAGUUGUUUG